GUCAACUCAGCACUCUCUUAUCUUUCCUCCAUCACCUCUCGGCCUGCUCCCAGCUAUGGGGAAUAUGAAGGGCAAGGGUAAGGCUGCCUCGGAUGAUGAGGACGAGCUCUCAGAUAUCGAGGCGCCGACCUACGACGAAUUGCUUCGAGAUCAGAUAGACGCGUACUACGACGACCUCAUCGAGCAAGAGAUGCUAAAGUUUCAAGAAGCAUCACAGCAGUCUACUGCCGAUGGGGGAGAUGGUAGUGUCACUGAUGAGGAGCUAGAAAAUAUAGAUCCAGCUCCGAACACGGCUGAGAUAAGCUCUCAGAACGUUGCUCAGCCUCAGCCUCCCAGUGGUUCAGCUCGCCGCUCUCGCUCGGAGUUGUACCGUGUCAGUGGCCUCUAUGGUGUCUGGUGUGAUCGGGAUGAGAUUAUCCGUAUCUUCAAUCCUGACCAGUACAAUAUUGGAGGGUCAUAUCAAGCUUCUCCCGAUCCUGAUUAUGACCCGCCCCCUCCCGCUCGCCCCACACCUCCUGCACCUCCUGCACCAGCGCCUCGUACACCCAGUCGCCACACUACACCCAUCCUUGAGUCACCUCGUGCACCAGUCACACCGUCCACAGCUACCUCCCCGGCGACGCCGACUCGUGGUGUAACUCAUACCAGAUCGACCCUCUCGCCUUCAACGUCCCGUGUCUCCAGUACACCUACGACCAAUAUCAGUAGGGUUCGGCGUGCGAUGGUUGCACAUAGUAUUUCUGCAUCAUCAUCGCAACCUGCCCGUUAUUUCGGUGGAGAGAUAUAUGGCCCGUCAUUGCCCACUCGUCCAGCCCCCGGCUCCUCUAGUUCAAAUAUCACCUCGCCAACUCGUCCACAGCUCACUCAGCCACAAUUAUCCACAGCCCGUUCUCCCAGUACUCCUACCGCCGCUCCUUCCUCUGCUCGCUAUGGAUCAAACACUCCCUCAUCGUCAUCCCGCUCCCCUGCACCCGCUGACGUUAGCUCGCUCCCCUGGUACCACCAGCAUCCCAUCGUCCCAAUUCCGCCUGGCAUGCAGCCGCUCCCUCCUUUUGAUCAUACAGUGUUUCCUCUUCGGCCUGACGAGUGUGCUUCAGGCAGUGGCCAGAUCAACCAGUAUAUCAGUACGGUCAGCGUUAAUCCGGGUAUUCAGUCAGCGACAUGGGACACAUGGCGGGCCAAUAUUGAAGCUCACCAAGGAUUCCCCUCUCCAUACAAUCCAGAGUUCCACCGCGUUCAUGAUACCACAGCGUCGGGGCUUGAUGAGUGGCAGCGAGCUGUUAACUCUCAGCACGAGACGCCGCUAGGACAUCUUCCGCCGAUUCGUGUGUUGCCCCCACCUCCUCGUCCUCCUGUACAGUACUAUGGAAGUCACUGGUGGGUUGUAUAUGUCGGCCGUGUCCCCGGUAUCUAUAGCUCAAUGAACGACGUCUAUGAACAGAUCACCCGUGUUCAAGGAGGCCCCGAAGUCGAAAUCUUCUCUGACUAUGAAGCUGCGAUCCGAUGGUAUUGGUACGGGAUGGCUAGAGGAUUUGUGCGGAGGACAACGUAGGUGGUGGAUGAUCUCGGUUGGGUCAAAGGAUGUCGACUGUUGUUAUAUUUUUUCCCCUCGUAGUGAAACUGAAUUGUCCGAAAUCAUCUCAGUGGUGUGGCCCGUUUUUUUUAAUGUCCCUCAUGAUCUUUACGAGAUUACGUCUCUGAAUUCC